AUGUUAGCAUAUCUCAAUUCGGUCAUUAAGGAUAUCAUAAAACCUGACGAAUUGAAAAAGUACGAUAUUUGCGUGGAUGCAUACAAUUCAACGGUUCAUAACUUUUUACCGGCGGCAUUGGAUGAUCUGAAUAUUUUUGACGCAGUGGCUAAUAUGCAAAACAUUGUGACUGUGUUAGAUAAUUGUGAGUCACAGUUCGCCGGAAGUUCGCCAUUUACCGGACGUAACAAGGUAGUCCAUGAUAUUGCCGAUAUGAGUGCAGACAUCAUAAGAUAUUUGUAUGGAAAUUAA